AUGCCUUCUUUACCUUGCAAUAGUUCUGUUGGAUUUGAUGAACCUCGAUUAUCUUAUAAUAUUUUGGUAAGAUACUUACUUGAACCAGGUAAGUUAGAAGGUGGAAGACAUUAUACGACUGAUUAUGAAAAUGGCAAUGGACCUGAAAGAUCAUUUGUUUGUGAACAAUUAAUGAAAGUUGAUAAGAUCAAAUAUCUAUCCAAAUGG